AUGGCAUUAACUCCUGAUGACUCUGUCAGCAUAGCUUCAGCUCCUGAUGAUGCAGCCAUCGACACAUGCUCUUGUAUCAUUUGUAAGGAGGCAUAUGAAAUAAUUGAUGCAGAUGCCAAGGCGGCCAAAAAAAUGUGGCGCAGUGAGAGAAAUAAACAACUCCGAAAUUAUUUCAAGAAUGGGUCAUGGGAUCACGGCGAAGUCACACAGGAAGAUUAUCAGUCACUGUAUAUUGAACUGGAGAUGGAAGAAAAAGAACUUGACAAACGUGGGAAACUUCUGAAUUUGAGGUUGAGAUUAUCAGAUGCUAGGUUAAACUGGGACCCUAUGCCUAGAAGACCCAGAGGAUCUGCCUAG